AUGUCAAGUGCUCACUCCGUCGUAGCACCGCUUUCACUGCUCGCCAUGAGCUCUGCUUUUAUGCUGGCCAUUCCGGCAUGCGUCCAGCCCACAUAUGCCCCCCUGUCCCCUCUUUUCAGCCGCCCCCACCGUAGAAGGGCACCGCCAUCUUCGCGAUCGCUCCGCGCAUGUGUGGAGCGGCCUCCCGGUCAAGGGUCCUCAUCCUCAGCGCUCCUAGAGCCGCAUCUCCCGGAUUCACGUCCCGCACGCGGCUAUGAGGACGUUUUGGAUUGCGUUCUCAAGGUUUUUUGUACUCAUUGCGAACCGAACUACGAGUUACCCUGGGCCAUGACAUCGCAGCGACAAUCAACUUCUUCGGCCUUCGUCAUUCAGGGACGUCGCAUUCUGACAAACGCACACUCCGUCGAACAUUACACUUCAGUCGCAGUAAAAAAACGAUACAGUGACACAAAGUACCCAGCAAAAGUUGUCGCCAUCGGCAAUGAGUGCGAUAUAGCUCAAUUGCACGUUGAAAGCGAGGAAUUCUGGGAAGAUUUAGAAGAUCAAGUCGGCAUGAAUGAUACAAAACGUGCCUUCCUUCAACCCGGCCCUUUGCCGCAGCUCCAAGAUUCAGUUCUUGUUAUAGGCUAUCCAAGCCCCGGGAAUCAAAUCAGCGUGACAGCCGGUGUCUCCAGCCGUGUCGAAAUGCAAAACUAUGUGCAUGGCCAAGGAGACCUACUUGCAGUACAAAUUGACGCGGCGAUUAAUCCAGGAAACAGUGGCGGUCCGGUGAUAAAUGAAAACCAUGAGGUUGUAGGUGCGUGUCCCAAAUCUUUCGAACCGUCGAAACGCGAUGGCUCGGUCGCGUCAAGUGUACAUAAUCAUCCUGACUGA